AUGGGUAGCGCAAACACGAUUCCAGACUGGUUCUGGGAGGCAGUGGAAACCCCGGCCGAAACCAGAAGCGUUGAGGUAGACGAAUGUGAUGUGGUCUACCGCUUCUACCCCAAUCCGGGUAAGCGCGGCAUGUUACUGAUUCACGGUAUGCAUGCCCAUUCGCAUUGGUGGGAUUUCAUUGCGCCACAGCUGCUCGACGAAUAUGAAAUUGCAGCGAUGGAUCUCACCGGUAUGGGUGAUUCCGACUAUCGCUACGAGUACAACGCCAACCUUUACGCCGAAGAAAUUAAAGCCGUGCUGGACGAUGCGGGUUUUGAUAACCAGUGUUUUGUGGUUGCCCACAGUUUUGGUGGUUAUAUGGCUGUGCGGGCGGCUAAUCAAUAUCCUGAUCGGUUUGCGGCGUUGAUUCUCAUCGAUUCAGGUAUCCGCAGCCCGGAAGAUCCACCACCGGAUCAUUCGAUGAUGAAUGUUCGCGCCAAGGUUUACCCGGACAAAGAAAACGCGCUUAUGCGCUUUCGCCUGCAGCCCCCGCAGUCCUGUGAAAAUGAGUACAUCCUGCAGUACAUAGCGCGCAAUUCACUGAUGCCGGUGGAAGGCGGCGGGUAUGCCUGGAAGUUUGAUGAAGACUUUUACACCGCGAUGAAAGAUAUCGAACGUCAGCCUGAGGAUUAUCAGAACCUGACGGUAAAGCUCGGUUUAAUCUACGGCGAAGACAGUGAGCUGUUUUCCCUUAACACCCUGGCGUACAUGCGCGAGCUGGUGCCUCAGGAUUUUCCGGCGGUGGGUAUCGAAAAGGCUCAGCACCAUGUCUUUCUGGAUCAGCCGUUGGCGUUUGUGGAGACGCUGCGGGACAUGUGCAAACAGUUGUCGUGA